AUGUUCUUUGCCGGGGGAAGGAUUCUGACCACGAGCAAUGACUUGCGCGAUGAGUACGACUUCGUCGUGGUUGGAGGCGGGACCGCUGGAAACGUCGUCGCCAGCCGGUUGUCGGAGAACCUGGGUAUAUCAGUCUUGAUCAUUGAAGCGGGCGGAUUGAACGAUGUUCUCGAGUCGCAGGUACCAUAUAUGUGGACAAGGCUGCUUGGUUCUACGUAUGAUUGGAAUUAUACUUCAGUACCUCAGGCUGCCUUGGGGGACAGAAGCAUAUCGCUUGCAAGAGGCCGUAUCUUAGGCGGAACCUCGUCAAUCAAUACCAUGCUUUAUACUCGUGGGACGUCGGAUGACUACGACAGUAUAGCUGAGCUUGUAGGCGACGAGCGCUGGUCUUGGGACUCUCUUCAACCUUUCAUUGAGAAGAAUGAGUUGUGGUCCCCCCCUUCGAGUAACCGACCAACGGACGGGGAGUUUGACCCGUCUGUACACGGACGGCACGGCGUAGUGGAAGCUUCACUUCCAAGUGAUCUUCAACCUAUAGAUGACAGGGUUCUUCAAACAACAAGAGAGAACAGCGAAUUCCCCUUCAACUUAGAUCUCAAUUCGGGGCACCACUUAGGCAUUGGUUGGCUGCAAUCCACAAUCACGUCUACCGGUAGACGAGCUAGCUCUGCUACCUCGUACCUUGGUUCUGGGGUCAUUAACAGACCAAACCUCGAUGUUUUACUGGACGCCCAGGUUACUCGUCUACUGCUAUCCAACGCUACCGAGGAAGUUAAAUUUGAUGGCGUUGAAUUUGUCGGCGGUGCUCUCCAGUCUGUCAAGGCCGCCAGAGAAAUCAUUCUUUCCGCUGGAUCGAUUGGUACUCCCAAUAUUCUUCUCCACUCUGGCAUCGGUGAUGCUGGUGACCUUGCUCCUGUCGGGAUUCAAUCCAUACAUCAGCUUCCGUCCGUUGGGCGGAACUUCACAGAUCAUAUCCUUGCGGGGUUGACAUGGUUUGCCAAUUCUACGGACACAUUCGAGAAGGUGGGGCGCAAUCCAUCGCUCCAGGCAAUAUUGCUGGAGGAAUGGAAGACGAGUGGCACUGGGCUCUUCUCUGGCUCCGGGAUUGAUCACCUCGGUUAUGUGCGGCUGGCCAAUAACGCAAGCAUCUUCGACAGUGUUGCCGAUCCCGCUGGUCCAAACACUGGACACAUAGAAAUUAUUAUCUCAAAUGGUGAUCUCUUUGCAGGCCCAACAUUUGAGAAUUUCAUGGUCAUCGAAGUCAUGCUCACCAAACCCUUAUCUCGCGGCUCGCUCACGUUGAAAUCUUCAAAUCCCCUCGACGACCCAAUCAUCGACCCGGCGUACCUGGCACACGAGUUCGAUCGCUUCGCCCUACGUGAAGCUGUCCGGUCCGCACAGCGGUUCCUCGCCUCGCCUGCUUGGGAAGGAUACGUCCUUGACCGAGUCGGGGCCUUUGCUACAAUAGAUAUCCAGGAUGACGACCAAUUGGAUCAAUUCCUCCGCGAGAAUGUUAGCUCUGGCCUACAUUUCGUCGGGACGGCAUCUAUGUCACCGAAGGGUGCCUCUUGGGGUGUCACGGAUCCCGACUUGAAGGUCAAAGGUUUGAACGGCUUACGUAUCGUGGACGCAUCGGUUAUCCCGUUGAUCCCCGCGGCGCACACCCAAGUACCAGUUUACAUAUUUGCUGAACGAGCGGCGGAUAUUAUCAAGGAGGAUUGGAAGCUUGUCUAG